CUUCCAGCAGCUGGCAGUUUGGUCGGCGUGUCGGAGGUGAAAUUGCGAUACCAGGAGCAUCCCGGCAAGUUAUCGGUCGAACGACCCUAUUUCGAUGAUAUUGGACCCAGGAACGUGACUGCAGUGGUUGGCCAAUCGGCUCUUCUCAAUUGCAGAGUCAAGCAUCCUGGCGAUCGGACCGUGUCCUGGAUGCGCAAGAGGGACCUGCACAUCCUCACGUCCGGCAUCCACACGUACACAGGAGAUGGAAGGUUCAGCGUCAGACAUCCCGAACAUAGCGAUGACUACGAUCUGCGUAUUGAGUAUGUCCAGAAAAGGGACGCCGGCGUCUACGAAUGCCAAGUGAAUACGGAGCCCAAGAUCAACAUGGCCAUUAUGCUCAAUGUCGAAGAUGCUCAGGCGACGAUCUCAGGACCUGCAGAGGUUUUCGUGAAGAAGGGAAGCACGAUCUCGUUGACGUGCUCCGUGAAUGUCCAUUCGACGCCGCCGUCGAGCGUUUUAUGGUACCACGGGUUGGCCGUCGUCGACUUCGACUCGCCCAGGGGUGGCAUCAGCCUCGAAACGGAGAAGACGGAAGCCGGAACGACCAGCAAGCUUCUGGUUACGAAAGCCCUGCUCUCGGAUUCCGGAAAUUACACCUGCAUGCCGUCCAACGCUAGUCCCGCUUCGGCCACGGUCCACGUACUCAAUGGCGAACACCCGGCGGCGAUGCAGACCAGCAGAGCAGUCCUGAGCAGGCAAAUGGUUGUCCUGGUGACCGUCUCCCUGUUCCUCGUCACCGUAGUCAGAUGAUCGAAUCAAUUCUAAUCACCCAGCAAGAAGCAUCCCCCCAGAUACAGAGAGAUAAAGAUGAUCUAAAAACCAAACUACAACAACAACAAAAAACAACAACAACAACAGCAACAAAAUAAUAAUGAUCUAGCGUUUAUUAUAGCAAGGACGAGUACCAAUCCAAAAAAUAAAAAUAAAAUGGG